AUGGAGGGGCGGUGGGACGAGGCUGCACUUUUUGCUGCCUUAAUUUCCGGAUCUCUCAUGAAAUUCGCUUUUUCUUACUUCAGUUGGUGGAAAAGGCAGAAAAGUUUGCAGUACGUGGGAGAAAUCUCGGAGCUGUAUAUCUACCCAGUGAAGUCCUGCGCAGGGGUAAAGGUGGACCAAGUGGAAUGUUCUAAGCUGGGGGUGACGUGUGGUCACGUCUCCGAUAGAUUCAAAGCUGGCAACAAAGGAACUCAUUUCUGGCAUGCUCAUUCGGGUGUUCAGCGAGCAGACGGCGUUUUUGGGCCUCUGGUCGUCCGUCUGCCGCGAACAAUAGACCCACACAGCGCGUUAUAUGACGAGGACCUCACAGAACACACCAUCCUGGUGACUGAUUGGUUGGGGGAUUUGACAGUGAGCAGAUUUGUUGCGCAUCAUCACAGGGACGGAGAUAAUAAGCCGCAGUCUAUUCUUAUCAAUGGCAAAGGAGCGUAUCAAUUAUAUGGAAAUAAAACAACCAACGAAACGUUUACGCCGUAUGCUGUUUUCAAUGUAGAUAAGGGCAGGAGGUACAGGUUUCGUGUAGCUAGUAACGGGAUUCUAAAUUGUCCAAUUCAGAUCUCGGUGGAUGACCAUAACAUCACCAUGAUCACCUCGGACGGUCGACCCUUUGAGCCCAUCGAGGUCGAAACCUUCAUCAUAUUUGCCGGGGAACGCUUCGACUUCGUCCUGAAUGCCAGGCAGGCAGUUGGUAACUAUUGGAUACGAGCUGCCGGACUCGCGGACUGUGACAGCAGCUUCAAGGGGGCACACCAGUUAGCUAUUUUGAGGUAUAGAGGUUCAGCAAAAGAUGAGCCAUUAGAAGAAAAGGGAUACAAUGCGUCCAUUCGAACAGGAAAGCUUCUCAAUCCAUGGAAUCGGAAGAAGGACGACAUGAACGUCCCAGUUGUAGACCUCGUCAACACCGACCCUAACAAUGCCGCCAUUUCAAAAUCUACCGCCGACGUCAAAUUUUACAUCGGAAUGGAUUUCAACAAAAUCGACAAUCUUUAUUUCCACGACCCUACCUACUACCCAGUGUCCGCCAUUGAAUAUAAUAAGCAUUUGUAUACACCACAGUUUAAUCACAUAUCAAUAGAAGUGCCACCAGCUCCUCCUCUCACCCAGUUGGAUGAUAUCCCCAUGGAACGGGUAUGCAAUCAUACCACUCACACAGACUGCACUACGAGGUUCUGUGAAUGCAUCUACCUCCUGAAAGUGAAGCUUGGAGACGUGGUGGAACUGGUGCUGGUAGACGAAGGCUUUGCCUUCAAUGCUAACCAUCCCAUACAUCUCCACGGCCAUGCAUUCUGGGUGGUUGCCUUACAGAAGAUCAACGAGUCCAUUACCUUGGACAAAGUGAAGGAAAUGGACAGGAAAGGUCAAAUUCCACGCAAAUUGACGGAUGCCAUCAGAAAGGACACGGUCACAGUACCGGAUGGGGGUUUUACGGUUAUUCGAUUCGUCGCCGAUAAUCCCGGUAUUUGGUUCAUGCACUGCCACAUAGAAUACCAUGUGGAGAUCGGCAUGGGGUUGGUCUUCCAAGUAGGCGAACCCGAACAGUUCCCGCCAAAACCAAAGAACUUUCCAAAAUGUGGAGACCAGAAAGAAGAAGAUGGCGACACAGGUGCAAACACGACCAGCUGCCCUCGUUGGGGUUAUUCCAGUUCUGCGUGUGGUGUAUCAGCUACUGAUUCUCUGAUUGUUUUUGUGGCGCUUGUCACAGUUCUGGUUUCAACAUUUACUGUCUAAACGUAUUAAAGGCCAUGUUUUCCUGUUUCUAAAUUUUAAUGUAUCUAAAUGAGCGUUUUUAUUGAUGGUCAUUAUAUGACUUAAAAAGAAUGGUGAAAAUGCAUGUUAGCUAGCUUUUAAUGGUGCCUAAUGGUGAAGAAUUAAUGCGCAGCCAACUGAAAGUCUAAAUUCAUAAAAUGCAAGCAGAUACAGUGAUCUCAAUGACCAUACAUCUGUAACGCUGGCAAAGAACUGAGGACGUGGUCAAAAUUAUUUAUGCUAAAUAUUUCGCGCGUAUAAUUCACUCCCUGUGCAUUCCUGUCCAUAAACCCAUGAGUCAACUGACAGCUUGGAUGACUGCACAUGUUCAUGUUGUUGUAGCUUUGUUGCUUUUUGAAACGGGUGGAAAAACAGCUGUGCGAAUAUCCGUCAUGCAAGUUCUGGUGACAAAAAUAGUGCAAAUUGCUAGAGCUAGUUUUGGUCAUACAAAGCGUCAUUUCAAUGUGCUCGCAGAAGACAACAAUUCUUUAGUGGUCUGGAAAUUACGCAAAAGGGCUAGACUGUUUUCUCCUGAUUAACAUCACAUUGUGGUCUGUUAGGAUGCUGUGAACCGUGGAUUGUUAGUAGGAGAGAGGUCCAGACAACUGCAUGGGACGAGCUGAGGCAGGUGUUUUUGUCGAGGGGUGGCUUUAUCUGAACCAUCACACUCCAGAAACUGGUCAGAUCAGUACCACGAAGAAUUUUGGACCUCAUUCGGGUUUGUGGCAAAUACCCGAGACAGUUAAAAGAUUUAUUUUUAAUAGCAAGGAAUUGGCUUUGGGUGAUUCUGCUUUUUUAAUCUUAUUCCUGCUUUCUUGAAUAUGACGUUUGCUCUUCUCUAUAAAUUGUCAACAAUUUACUAAAUUUGUAAUUGAUGACAAGGAUGAACCCAAACGAAAAAACACAAUAAAUGUAUUGUUACUGAAAGGCAGAGUUUGGAAUUAUAAUAAAGCACUAAUAAACUG